GAACCACCACGCCCAGCAACGUUAUUUAGUCUAGUUUUGCCAAUGCUUUCCUUCACACUUCCCUUACUUCCUCAUCAUGGUGCAAGACGUAUCCGGCCUCUCUACUGCCUCCUCCGUUACUCUGGGCUCCCCCGCAUCCAUCGAAAAGCUCGUACACGACCCAAAGAUCACCGCCUCAACCAUCAUAGAAUUCAUUGCUUCUCGUCGUCAAUCUUCAUCUUCGGUCUACAUCUAUGAUCUUGCCGAGCAAGUCGGUUUUGGACCAGUAACGAAAGCUUGGGCCAAAUCUAACCCCGGAACUGCGAACACUGUAGAUUUGCAGACAAGAGCGGGAGCUGGUUUGAGUCUGGUUGGGAGGUUGUCGGAGGGCAGUAGCUCGGAAACUGCGAACGGUGCAGUAUUGACCGCUUAUACAUCUCCACCUGGUCUGGGUUUGAUGGGUCCAGCUUUAUCCCAUCUUCCCCCGGCAACGCCUUCCAGUCGACUGGUUAUACAGGUUCCCACCGCCACGCCGACCGGAGAAACAUUUGCGGUCUCUCCUUCUCUUGCUUCUUUGGCGUCGACAUAUUCCCUGCUUCCGAGUAACAUAUCUGUACUUCUCUCAGCGACAUCCCACGAAGCCAUUCACUUUGCUCAGAUUUCCUAUAAACUCUCAACUUCACACGCCAUUCACCUUUUCGAUCACUAUAGUACCGCUCGUGAAGUCGGGCACUCCGUACUUCCUCUUACAGAGCAACAACUAAAAGGUGACACGGUCCAAGAGAUUUUCAAAGCAGCCGGUUACUCUCUCUUCGAUUAUGCUGGAGACAAAAGCGCCCAUACAGUUAUUGUGCUCCUCAACGGACCGCUAGCACUUGCCUGCAAGGCCAUCGCAUUCCCUACGUCAGGUUUAGGUGUCGUUUCCGUGAAUGUUCUACGACCUUGGAAUGACGACGCUUUUCGCGCUGCGAUUCCGAAGACCGUCCAAACGAUUCACGUACUGGACGAUGUACCCAACGCAGCUACCCAGGGACCACUCCAUGCCGAUGUAUUCGCCAGCCUUUUCGAUUCCUUGCAGAGUCUGUCUGUUCUUCCUCACCGUAUCAUCCCGUCACAAUCACAGGAGUUUCUAUCCAAGAAGGAUGCAUUUUACCAUUUCGUUGCCACAAACAUUACCCAUCUUACGAGGCAGCCCGCUAUCCUUCCAAAGAACACCCGAAAACUUGUAUUCUUUGAUUCGCCGAAUUCGCCUCUCUCCCCAGUAUCGUCGUUGGUCGAGAAUGCGUUACUCUCAAGUAAAGGCAUCUCUGCUCGCCUAUUAGCCGACCACGACAUCUUCUCAAAGCGAGGUGGAAUUACAGCGAACCGCAUUCUGUUAUAUCCAAAAAAAAGGGACCAGCCUGAAAUUCCUAUACCUUUUGCUCUUCCGUUAGACCCACACGGGGAUGGCGUUGUCGACUUCUUAGCCAUAUUGGAUCCCAGCAUCUUGAAGACUCACUCAGUGGUCGGGUAUGCGAAGCCUGGAGGACUUGUACUCGUGGCUACAUCAUGGACCACAGAAGAACUGAUUGCUUCCCUUCCUCCGCUUACUGCUCGCCUGCUGUCUGAGCGACGACUCUUCAUCAUUGAUCCCAAAGCUGUUGCGAAGAACUUGCAGGACCUUGGCCGCAAUGAUGACCUGUUUGAGGUCAUUGCAGUGUAUUUCGCCUUUUUGCGCCUCUAUCUCGGCGCUGCGGCUACCGAGGAGGCCGUCCUUGCAGUGGCGAGAAAUACCAUCGGAACCACUGUCGAUGGAAUUGACCUACGCAAAGUCAGCGGUCAUAUUUUGGGCACGUUGCAGGAAAUAGACAUACCUCUACCGGCGACUGUGGAUAAAUCUGCCCCGUUGAAAGAAUUCCAGUUCAACGCGAUCUCUGUGGAAGCUGAGGAAGCGGAUGGUGGGAUCGGUGCACGAACGAGUUCUUGGCACGAUGCGGCCAAGCAUAUUAUCUUUCCAUCGGCCUUUGUUCCACCUACACCCGAGUGUGACGAACAGUUUCCCCAGAUUCCUGCGCUUCGUCCUGAGGUUCCUGAUCGCACUUACCUCGUUACCUGUACGGUUAACAGACGGUUGACUCCCAAAGAAUAUGAUCGCAACGUUUUCCAUCUCGAGUUUGACACCAGUGGCACGGGUUUGAAGUACGCAGUUGGAGAAGCUCUUGGUGUACACGGUUGGAAUGAUGAGCAGGAGAUCCUUGAUUUCUGUUCUUGGUAUGGCGUGGAUCCCAAUCGUCUCAUUACCAUCCCAGUUCCGGGUAGCGAGGGUCGUCUACAUACUAGGACGGUUCUCCAGGCACUUCAACAGCAGAUCGACUUGUUCGGCCAGCCAGGUAAAUCUUUCUAUACAGAACUUGCUGCUUAUGCUACAUCCUCUGCUGAAAAGCAUGCCCUGUUGUUCAUCGGGUCUGCUGAGGGAGUUUCGACCUUUAAGAAACUCUUGGAAAAGGAUACGGUGACCUUUGCCGAUAUCCUUCGAGCUUACCCUAGCGCGAAGCCUGGCAUAGAAACGCUUUGUGAGCUUGUAGGAGACAUCGAACCGAGACACUACAGUAUUGCCAGUGCACAAAGUGUUGUCGGUGAUCGCGUAGAUCUCCUGGUCGUUACUGUGGAGUGGGCAACCCCCAGUGGCUCUCCUCGAUACGGCCAGUGUACCAGAUAUCUGGCAGGACUUAAGGUUGGCCAAAAGGUCACAGUCUCCAUCAAACCCAGUGUUAUGAAGCUCCCUCCCGAUGAGAAGCAACCGUUGAUCAUGGCUGGAUUAGGAACCGGCGCAGCACCAUUCCGUGCCUUCCUCCAACACAAAGCCGCGCUUGUCCAACAAGGCAAAGAGAUUGGACCAGUUUACUACUACUUCGGUUCCCGACAUCAGUCUCAGGAAUACCUUUACGGGGAAGAGAUUGAAUCGUUCAUUCUUGAUGGGGUUAUCACUCGUGCAGGACUUGCUUUCUCCCGUGACGGGCCUCGGAAGGUCUACAUUCAGCACAAGAUGCUUGAGGACUCUGAGGCGCUGGUUAAUAUGCUUCAUGGAGAAAAAGGGGUGUUCUACCUUUGCGGACCAACAUGGCCUGUACCAGAUGUGUUUGAGGCCCUCUGCAAAGCAAUGGAGCAGUACAAGGGUAUUGACUUUAAAGCAGCGGGUGAGUACUUGGAGGGUCUUAAAGAAGAGGAACGUUACGUCCUUGAAGUAUAUUAACCCCUCCGACUCAUCUUAUUGGCGUGUGGAGUUCAUUAGAAUCGCACCAAGUUUGACAAUGCAAUUACAUAAGCUGUGAAGUCCCUGCAAUGCGUACAAAAAAUGAAUGCCAGCAGAUUCGUCCAUCGGUAGUCUAACUAGUCCCAUUAAAAAAAUAGAAAACAUCUAUAUU